AUGUCAGAUCCCGAGAUUGAGAAUACGUCUCCACCUCUCCCUAGUCGCGGCGCCUACUCCUUCAACUUCGACGAUGUUGAUGAGUUCAGUAACCCGUUCCAGUCAAGUCGUGCUCUGAGUAAUUCUCCUCCCAAAGCCAGCACUGGCAACAACCCAUUCAAGGGUAAAUCCAAGCUGUCAAGGUCACCGCCAGGGUCUUCACUUUCUGUAAAUGAGAAAACUGAACAUGACAUAGUCGUUAAUAAUAAUGAGUCUUCUACACCAACACCACUUGAUGCCCCAGACUCUAAUUCUAACCAAGACACAACUAUCAACAAUGAGGAGUCCUCUGUUAAUCAAGACACAACUAUCAACAAUAAGGAGGCCUCUAUUAACCAAGACACAACUAUCAACAAUAAGGAGGCCUCUAUUAACCAAGACACAACUAUCAACAAUAAGGAGGCCUCUAUUCCAAAGCCAAGUGUAACCCAAGAUUCCAAGUCUUGCCAAGACACAACUAUUAACAAUAAUGAAUCGUCUAUGCCAACACCGAAUGUGACCCCAGACUCCAAGUCUUCAAUCUCCGAGUUUGAGUCUUCACCACAGGCAUACUUCUCUGCUGUAGAUGUCAUUGAAGAAGAAACCUCUGGGCUGGGACAAUCAGUUGUGUCUGUCGAGUCUGAAGAUGUGUGGUGUGAUGCCGAGGAGACUGUAGGCUCGUCUGGUGUCGGUGAAGCCAGUCUGGCAGGUGAUAACUCAAAAAGCAGCCAGCCUCAGACAGCACAUUCUAAUCCUAUACCCAGUCAGAAAGGAGCUGACAGUAGCAAGACAGGAUGUGAAAAUCCACCACUUUCAGAUGUUGCUAAUAAGGAUGAUGUAAAGAAGAGUCCUAAAAAAUCACAAGAAGAAGCCAGGCACAGCAAAAAGAGUCCAGGAAAGAAACCAGCCAAAGAUAAGAACAGUGGACAGGCUGUUGAAGCAGGUGCAGAGAUAGGUGAAAGAGAAGAAAAGGAGGUAGGUUCUUCAAAAUCAGAAGAUGUGAAAGAAAUUGAGGUGGAAGUUAAGAAGAGCGUCGGCAAAGGUAAGAAGACUCCUUUGAAAGUAAAGGACAAGGCUGUGGUUAAGAGGGAUGGGGCUGAAGGGAAGCGGAGUCCCGGGAAAGGUUCUAACAUUGGUAAGGAGGACCAGACUGUGGAGGAAAAGGACACGGACACAAAACUACAGGACAUGACUGUUGCUGAGAACCAGGAAGCUGUGACACAAGAUAAAGUUGUAUCGGAGACCGAGACCACUAAAAAAAAGACAACACCUGUGGCAGUGAAAAAAAAGCCUAAAUCUAAAUUAAAGAAACCAGCAAGUUCUAAUGAACAGGUCGAUGGGGAUAUUCAGAUUUUUGCUCCACCGAAACCGAUAUCAGCUGUUGACACUGUCCAGCAAUUGGACCCAGCCCCCGCUCAUGCCAAUCAAAUGACUGCGAGUCUGGGAAUGGUGCACGAGUUUGGAACGGGUGAUGAUGCCGAGAUGCCAGAGGAGGCCAAUGAGGGAUUCGUGCCAGCGUCGGAAGUGUUCACCGACUCCACUGCGUGGGACGUACUGGAGGGGGGUGACGGCGACCUCAAGACUUUGGGACCAGGCAGAGAGUCGCUCUUUGUUACACACGAUCCUCUGGUCCAGGGACUUACUGGAGACACGGAAUCAUCAAAAAGAAAAGGACAGCGAUCAGGUUCGGAGCUACCAGAUGAAGCAUCUACCACCAGUCCUGAUGAUGUGUUGACUGCCUCCAGUAAGUCAUCAGGUGGCGGUCGACAGGCGAAGGUGAGACACCCGGCGGCCCGUGUUCUUGAUGAGAAGAUAGACGCUGCUGCCGCUGCGGCUGGGGAACCCCACGAGCUGAAUGGUGAACAGCUCACACAGGGAAAGAGCGCAAUGACGGGUGAUAGUAAAGAUGCUGUGGUUCAUUUAGUACAGGACAAAAAAGGAGGUGAACAGGUGUUGAAGUACUCGCAGUCAGACUGGAACAAGAAGCAGCAGGACCUGGAGCUCGAGUUCCACGCUCAGCUGCUGAGCAAGGAGAAGGAGUGGAGCAAGAAGCUGGCCGACCGCGACAAGCGGAUCUCCAACCUCGAUGAGCAGACGCGCCACGCCAGGCAGACCAACGAGGACAUGAGAAUGGUUAUAACAGAGUUUGAAAAGACAAUCUCAUUGCUUCAAGCUGACAAAGAGAAGAAUAGCACAGCCUCGCAGCAGUCCUUGCAGGAAGUAAUCCGAGAAAGAGAUCAGGCUUCAGAAGAUCUGCAUUCCGUGGAAGCUGCUUUUGCUGGUUUACAUCAACGAUACGAGAAGACAAAAGCAAUCAUUGAUGGGUUCAAACAGAAUGAAAGUGUUCUUAAAAAGUGUCUUGAGGAAGCCCAGGCCAAGUUAAAAAAGUCGGAAGACAAGUUGUUACAGUUGAAAAAACAAGCUGAAGACAAGUUUGAGAAAGUGAGUAUGGAGCUGGACAAGGAGAGACGGACACAUUCAUCGGAGAUCGCCAGAUUGCAGGCCGCCGUAAAAAAAUCAGAAAUACAGAUACAGGGUCUGGAGAUGUCACUACAACAAAAAAUUCAAGAAAACCAGGAGCUAACAUCUAUAUGUGACGAGUUGAUAGCAAAAGUCGGGGUAGAAUGAAUCUGCUUUCUCUGUACAAGAUGUUUAUUUAUUUAUCAGGUGAUAUUUAUUCCAGUAAGAGACGAACAUUAUGCAUGAUAGCGUUCGUGUUGGGUCUUGAGAAAACAACCUACCUGUGUAACCACUGCUGCUUGGGUGUCAGAUCUGUUGCCAUGUAGUACUUAAUUCAUCUAUCAGCUUGCAAGGUGUGUAUCAGUGAUGUUGUCACCUGUACAACCAACCAGCAUCCAUGUUUGAAAAACCAUGUCAAUGAUUCAGCAUCAGUGUUUCCAUGACAACAUCUUCUCUGAUUGCUGACAGGCACUGUCGUCAGUGUCUGGUGGAUUGACGUCGUGCCAGGAUUCUUGGGCAUCUAAGCACGUGUGUUGCCUAGUACAUGGAUAAAAGUUUCUUAAGAUUUAUAACAGCGUGGAUAUUAUUAUAAUUCUCAUGUAAAGAUUUAUGCGGAAAACUGUGUUUAUAAGAGUGCGAAUAUCACUGUAAUUGACUUGUGGUGAUGUCAACUUAAUUAUCACAUACAUUCUCAGAUUGAUAGUUAACACUACUUUGAAUUGAUACCUUGUGGAUAUUACAAUAUCAUUAGGUUGAAUACUAUCUUGAGUGGUUUAAUUCUCAGACAUGACAGUGUUAAGACUACCUUAUGUUGUGGAUACCAGAAAUAUCAGAUGUUUGUCGAAGUUGUGGAUAUCACAAACAUUCUUAGAUGUUUUGUCUAAGUUGUGGGUAUCACAAACAUUCUUAAAUUACAAAUUAUCUUAUGUGUAAAUAUUACAAAGAUUUCCUCAUGGAGAUAAAGUCAUUGGAACUAAGAGGAAUUAUGAAUUAUAUGCAGUUUUCUAAAACAAAAAUCCCCCUGAUGUAUACCGGUAAAUUAAGAGCAGUUCAAUCAACCAUUACAUCAGAUAUCUCUGAAUGUAUAGUUGCUGCUGUACACCUGUCCACAGAUUACAGUUAUCUUCCCAUUUGGUUGAAAUAUAGCCACACAAGUCGUCUGCUGUUUGACUGUCAUUAUUUCAUGGCAGACAGCUUUGAAGUGGCAACUAUUAGACUGAAGUUCAUAGGCGAGAGCACGUACUUUGCAAACAUGUGUAACUUAUUAACAUCAAAGGUUUUUAUGUGGUAAUUCUGGCCGAUGCAAAUGUAGGACUUUUUUUGUAAAAAUGUGUGUACUGCAGCCAGAUUUAAUGGGUAUGUUUGUUGAAACCAAUAUCCUGGACGAAAGAGCUGGACAACAAAGGUUGUUCUUUUCAGGGUAUGUUGCUCUAAAGCCGGCAUAAAAAACAUCCAUGGGCCUACUGAUAUGAAUAAAAGUGCUAUAGCCACUAACGGUAUAUAGAAACACAUAGUGUAAAUAAUUGUGGUCUGUGGCCAGCUUACAUAACAUGAGAGUUGCAUCUAGGGUGCGGGAUUGCAACAUUUGCACCUAACUUUGUAAAAUCCCGCAAAAAUACAAAGAGCGUGUGGGAAGAAUCCCGCAAAAACUUGCUGUAGGCCGCACUUUCAGGAGCGAUCACUAUUUUAUUUUUAAAUAGGCUUCUCCCACGCAGGGCCCCCUUCCAAAUCUUGGCAAUUCCAAGUAUUAAUUGUGUCUGUACCUUCAUUGGCCAGACUAUUUAUAUCGGCCAAUGAGCAAUUUUUUUACAUUCUACCGGAAAUGGAGUCGUCUGCACGUUUUUGCGAUGUUCAUGAAUGAUAGAAUCGAAGAUGUCGAAGCGGACUGCCAGUGCUACUCUCUUUGAGUUUUCAUUCACAAAGUCUAAAAAAGAGAAAACAGUGAAGACUUGCGAACCCAACACCUUUUUUUUGGACAAUGACUGUGAGUGAGAGCCACAAGAAAACUCUGAAAAGGAGACUAGUUCUCUUACUAGUUCUAAAAAGCCUUAUUUAGUUACUGUGUCUAUAAUGAGCAAAUUUCUGUAUGUGGGUUUUUUUUUAAUGUAGCCCUCCAUUGAGUCUUGGGCCACCCUUUUUUCUGACAAGGUGGGGGAGGGACAGUGCCCCCUUUUUUCUGACAAGGUGGGGGGACAGUGCCCCCUUUUUUCUGACAAGGUGGGGGAGGGACAGUGCCCCCUUUUUUCUGACAAGGUGGGGGAGGGACAGUGCCCCCUUUUUUGAGAUCCUAGAUGUAACUCUGUAACAUAUGAUGGUGGUGAGACUGGUUCUUGUCAUUAAAACAAAGGACCCGUAAAUUUUAAGCCCUAUAAUACAGAAUAUUGAACCAAAUUAUUAUUAAGCUUCAUUCGUGAAAGCUCUGUGGACAGUUUGAACCGUUAGGACCUGUGUUUAUGAACUUUAGUCUAGACUCCAGUCUCCAAUGAUAUCGCAUGCAUGCAGUUUGGCAUGAAUUAAGUCCCAGACUCUUGUUGAGAGUCAAAAGUAUCAUCUCUAAAUGUUUUCCAAGCAUAGGAUCUGGUGGCUUUAAAGUGACCUCUAUCAGACAUUAAAUUAUAAGAAUGAUGUAAUCUGGAUAUUUUUUAUUUCAUCUUAUAAUCUGCUAAAUAUAAAUAUGCUUUCUACCCAUAAUUUAGGAUUUACAGAAUCACUAAAUUCGCAGCCUGUGUAUGUCUUGUGGUUGAUAGCUAAACCAAAAUGUCUUUUACAGCACAUUAAAUUCUUCUGGAUUCUUCAGCAAUUCCAGAAUUUAGUUUUCGAAACCCAUACACAGUUCCUGUUCUUUGAUGAAAAGCUCACAGGAGCCUCCAGUUUUUAAAACCAUGCAAAUAUUUCCCUGAUUUUUUCCCCAGUGUCAUGAUGCCCAAUACUGAAACGUUUGUUUACUGUAAGUAUUGUGAUAUAACAUUUCUAACCACACGCGACAAUCUUAGUGUUAAUCCACAUACGUGUUCCAGUGUUUGGUUGUGAUAGAUUGGUUUUAACCAUGUGCUGUGGUGUGUCUAAUGUCUGUGAACGUGGUAGAAGUAGAGUACCUGUACACGCCCAGAUUACAUUACUUAUGUUAUCUUUUUAAUCAGUGUCAAACCAUAGGCAUCAAGCUGUUACAAGCCGUUAGAUGGCAGAAAGAGAAACUCAUUGGCGGGCACAUAAGUGUGGCAGUGGUGGGGAUUGAUGGUGUCCACAAAUUCUUAUUCAGCUUUCUUCUUUUUUUAAUUGUGCAGCCAUAAAUCCUGUGAAUGUUUUUUUAAUUUCAGCCAUAAAACUUGUAAGUUUAUUAAAUAAAUGAAUCCUUUCAGAAAUUUCUGGUAAUGGUCAUAACUAAAUCUCUAUGACAAAAUAUAUUAUCAGUACCUAAUUCAUCAAAGAUGCACCCUGCCAUUGAAUAAAUAUAUAGUCAGUUUAAUACUUCAGGAAAUGUAAAUUUCAUCAUGUGUAAAGAAACUGUUUUCCAGGAUCCUAAUAUAUUACAACUUGGCCUUGCUUACUUGGGCAGGCUUUGAGAAUGUCUACAAAAUGGCACUUGGUUUACAUUCAUAUACAAAUUACAAUAUUUGUUGAACUAUUAACAAUAUCAUGAUUUUAUGGCUUGUAUUUAAAAUGUUUAUGGUAAUACAUGUAAUGAUUAUAUGCAUUUCUGUAUUUACUUAUAUUAAAAUUAUUAUAUUUCAAAAUAUAAAUAUUAAAUAUAAUAAUUUUAAAAUAAUGGGCCUCUUUAAAAUUUCCACUUGUUGGAGUCUUAAAAACAGAAAGUCAGCUCUGUAUAUAUUAUCCUCCUCUGUUUCCACUGUAGAAGCGUUGUAGUGUUGCAGUGUAUAACCUGUGUUGUAUAUUCAUUAUGAACUGUUUGAAAGAGAUCUUAAAGCCGCUAACCCUGUUACAGCUUCUUUACCUUUAACAUACACAUUACUUGUGUCAUUUUGGUUCAAUUACCAGUUUGAUAAGCCCAAUGAGUUUGUGGUGCAAGUUCAGUCCAUCAGUCAUUGCUAAUGCUUGCUACAAUUGCUUUUCAUGCUAUAUAUUAAACUGAAUGAAUGGCUUGGAAACCAGUCAAUAUAGUUUCAAAUGUUUACCCCUAAAUACAGUUGGCUAAAUGUACAGGUAGGCCAGGUGGUUCAGGUAUUUCUAGCAUCCGAGUCGUGUAAUUAGUUUGAUGUGAAACGAACAUUCAUACCUGUACCUCGGAAAUUAGGGUCGGCGGCAUUAACAUUUGUGUGACUGUGUAUUUUGACAAGGCGCAGUGUGAUACUUGGUGUAAAUAGAAGCAUUUAUUUAUUUAUUUGUUAUUGCCUACAUGUAUCUCUGUAGCAUAUGGAACUGUUUGCAUACAAUACCUCAUGUGUGUCGGAUAUAUACCAAUAUAAGACAAAUCAGUUAUUAAAAUUAUGUAUGUUAUGGUUAAAAUUUAUCAUCUGUAAUUAGAAUGUGCAACCAUCUCAUUGGGAAAGUGUCAGUAAAACGUUUUUAUUCAGUUCUAACAUUUUCAAAACGAUUGAAAAAGUUGUAGGUUGAUUUUUCUGUGUAAAUUAUGAUGAUAUCCAGAGUAUGGAAUUACUCUUUUUCCUUUUCACCUGUCUGGGCUUUUUGUGUUGGAUAAUGGCUUACUGGUUAGUUGUAAUGUUAGUUGUUAGUAGUCGCUAGGCGAGAAGCGGGUGUAGUUAGAACUGAUGGUGAAUGGGAGCUAAUAGUUGGAUCAGCAUGUGCCACUCUCCAAUUUCACUACAUGACCAAUCGAGUUCCAGCAGAUCAAUAUUUUAUAGCAGAUUGACCAGUUUUAUUUUUGCACCUUGUUUGGUGAAUCCAUCACAUGGUACUUUGAAGCUACUUUAAUUCGAUAGCUGUAGCUAAAAUAGCACAAAUGAUUAGAAAGCAUGAUUUUGUUGGCGUUGUUUGUUGAAGAAACUGUUCAUAGCUAUUGUAAGUUUUACAGUAGUUGUCUACAGCAUUAUAUUAAUACAUUCUGUUGAAACAUUUCAAAUUUUAUCCAGUUUUCAGAAUUGUUUUAUAUGCAUAGUAAAUAAGAAUAAAUGUGUGUUUCAGUUUUAAGUAUGUUAAAAUUGUCUCUCCAUUUCCUUUUUUAUAAGAUACAUAUUUUAUCAUGGCUUUGUAUCCAAGGCUUUUUUGUUUUGUUUUAUGUCUGUGUAAUGUUUGCAUUUUUCAAUAGAUCUGGGAUUUUGGGAACAUCUGUUGUACCAGAGAAAUCUUUACUAUAUUUUAUACUAAUGUUUUUUUGGUUUUAUAUGAACAAUUAACUUCUGUUGUAAUCUGAAACUUGAUUUACCUCUUAGUUCCUGUAUACAAAUUUUAUCCUAUUGAAACUCCUGAAGAAGUUUAUUUAGUGGAAGGUUUUAAAGUAAAACAUUUUAAAAUAUUAGAGACCCUAAGUUGUUUUUUGACUCAGUUAAGCAUCAAAGAUAGGUUGGUAGAUGCAACUGCUACAUUUCACAUUUUAACAAUAUUAGAGACCCUAAGUUGUUGUUUUUUGACUCUCAGUUAAGCAUCAAAGAUAGGUUGGUAGAUGCAACUGCUACAUUUCACAUUUUAACAAUAUUAGAGACCCUAAGUUGUUGUUUUUUGACUCUCAGUUAAGCAUCAAAGAUAGGUUGGUAGAUGCAACUGCUACAUUUCACAUUUUAACAAAUGUAACUUAUCCUGCAACCACCAUUUCUAGUGACAGAAUAUGUUGACUUUUGAUGCCACAUGUAUAGCCUACAUUACCUCUAGAUCAUCUACAAUGUGGCUGAAAUAACAGAAAUAAUAGCUUUUCCCCUUAAUUGUUUUGGUCUGCAGGAUAAAGAUAUUAACUAGUUACUGAUGUUGGAUAUCUGCUUUAUCCUGUCCAGGCCGAAUGAGAAAUUCCCAUUCUUACCUUCACAGGAUAAAGCAGAUGUCCAACGUCAUUAACUAGUUAAUCUCUAGUUAUAUUGUUCACACUCGGUAGAUGUAACUGUUACAUUUUGCACAUUAUCUAAUGAUUAAUAGGUGUAACUGUUACAUUUUGCACAUUAUCUAAUGAUUAAUAGGUAUAACUGUUACAUUUUGCACAUUAUCUAAUGAUUAAUAGGUGUAACAGUUACAUUUUGCACAUUAUCUAAUGAUUAAUAGGUAUAACUGUUACAUUUUGCACACUUUUGAUAGAUCAUUAAAAUUAAACAUUUAUUUUAUGCACACCAAGUUAGGUCAAGAGGUGUAAGUGUUACAUUUUGCACAUUUGUCUAGAUAGAACAUCCAUCCAGAAGUCCAGAUAUAUUAAGCAAUUGAGGCAUGCCUUCCAUUUGAGGUACAGCAGUCUGUUCUUACAAACUGUGUGACACUGGAAUAUAAUUUAAUAGAAUUGGCUCUCAUUUUUUCACAAACUGCAUUACAUAGUGUGGUCACAUUUGACAAGACAUUUACACCAAACAUAGUGUAUUUGUAUAUGCAAGUACUGUUAAAGUAAUUGGGGCAUGUGGUUGGUAUAUUUAUCUGUUUAGCUAGCACUAGAGAGUACAAUUAUCAGAUGUUAAUGGUUCAUAAGUUUAUAUCACAAAACAAACAUGCUUAAUUUUAUGUAAUAUAUAAAUUAUUUUUCAUGUAUUGUAUUAAACAUACAAGACUUGAAUAAACUAUCCAAUACAAUAAA